AUGCACUUCAAUUCUAUCAUUGCCGUCGGCGUCAUGCUCUCAGGAGCUGUCGUCUCCGCCGCCGAAUGCGGAGGCUACGGACUUUGCGGCGCCGUCCCCGCCUCGAGUCGCAACCAGCUCUACGCUGCUCGUCAACACGUCUGCGGUGACGGACUGUACAAGAACGAUGGCUAUUACCAUGCUCCGGGUGGAGGCAGACUCUCAUGGCCUGGAGGCUUUGAUCAGCAGAGGUGCUGGGACGCGUUCGAGAACAUUCUGAACCAGUGCCGUCCCGAGGGCGCAGGCCUUGGUAACCACUCUGGAUCGUACAACUGGUAUGGAAAGCUAUACACGGUCAGAGGAUGCAGCAACAGUCCUUACAAGGAAUAA